CAGGGGAAUCAUCUUUCAUACAAAGUAGUGAUAUUGUCAACGUGACUUUUAGGACCCGCCCAUUUUUAUUGGGAAAAGAUCUUAACACUGAGUUAUCGCACUUUCCCUCUCUAGAGCUGCAAUACUCUCUCUAUAACUGCAAUUAUCUCUCUCUCUAGAAGGCUUGUACUUUCUCUUUCUGAGUACAUUUCUGCAUCCAUGGACUCUGGAGGGGAGCUAAAGGAGACCCGUGAGCUAAUUUCCAACCUUCAAUCGCAAAUCAAAUUCUUAGAAACCAGAAUACAGGAAUUGGAGCUUGAGAAUAAGAGAUUAGCGGAGAUAGGAAAGGGAAGUGCGUAUAAGCUCACCCUUGUCCCCAAAGAAAGUGUAUCUGAGGUGACACUAAAUUGCUCUGUUGUGGAGGCUGAUCCUUCACGUGAUGCACAUCCAUUGUUGAGUAAAAUUGAUGGCCUAACUGUUGUUGAUCAAAUGCACGAGAGAGACAUGGAUUCUGAAAAUAUUGACCAAAAGGGUCUGGUUAUCAAGAAAGAAUGUUCUGAAGGCAAAGCAGUUGAGGACCAGAUCUGGCUUGAUGAAAUGCCUGAUCUCUUUGAUGCAAGUAACGGGAUGCAUCGAAGAAAGAAGAAUUCUCAGAUGAAUUAUGCAGAUUACCAUUUGAAGAUAUCUCAUCAACAUACCAAAAGAUAUAUUGCUCUAAAGAUCAUGUACUUGGGACAGAGGUUCUAUGGUUUUGCUUCAGAGGGAAAUAAGGAUCCCACUGUUGAGUCUGAACUUUUUAAGGCGCUUGAGAAGACAAAGCUCUUAGUUGGUGAUAGGAAGGAAUCAAAUUAUUCAAGGUGUGGCAGAACAGACAAAGGGGUUUCUUCUGUUGGACAGGUGGUUGCUCUAUUUUUGCGGUCGAAUCUCAAAGAGAUUGAGGGGUGGUUAAAAUCAGAGAAGAUGAAUUUGGAGGAAGCCUAUGAUGAGAAGGAAAUAGAUUAUGUGAAGGUGCUGAACAAGGUGCUUCCUGAUGAUAUUCGUGUUUUAGGCUGGUGUCCCAUUCCUAGUAAUUUCAGUGCAAGGUUCAGCUGUCUGAGCAGGGAAUACAUGUACCUGUUCUGGAGCAACUCUUUAGAUAUAAGUGCGAUGGGGAAGGCUUGCAAUAAAUUUAUUGGGGAACAUGACUUCAGGAAUUUUUGUAAGAUGGACGCAUUAAAUGUUCACAACUAUCGGCGACAGAUUACAGAGUUCGAAAUUGUUCCUUGCAGUCAAAGGGUUGCUGGUAAUGAAUUGCUAGCAAUGAGAAUCAAAGGUAGUGCUUUUCUAUGGCACCAGGUUCGUUGCGUGGUUGCAGUGCUAUUUAUGGUUGGCCAAGGCCUCGAGUCCCCUGAUGUCAUAGAUGCAUUACUUGACACAACCAAGACUACUCGAAAACCACAAUACACAAUGGCUCCAGAACUUCCAUUGGUUCUUCGGUCGUGUGAAUUUGAAGCUGUUGAUUUUAUGUGUUCAUCAGAUGCCAGCCAAGCUUUACAUGAGCACUUGAAGAGUGAAGCCCGACGUCAUAUGCUGCAAGCAGUUAUCUUUCAGGAAGCGCUGAGCUGUGUGCCUGUGCAAGAUGGUCCAAUAUUUCAAUGGAAAACUAAAAGGGGUCAUGUUCCUCUCAAUUCCCGUCCAACAGAACCAUCAUACAAUGAGCGACGUUCAAAACUGCAGAAACAUAUUAUUUGCGAGAAUGAGAUUCAUUCUUCACAGAAGCAAAUAGGAAACCAGUAGACCAUUGAAGUUCAGAGCAUGCCACAGACCGAUCAACCGAGGUGCUGCCUCUUUGGAGAGAGAGAGAGAGACUUUAGUAGACUUGAAGCCUAGAUUAUGGUAUCCAAAUUUCAAAAAUAGUUGACUUACAACUCCACUCACUCAAGAAAUGAAAAAUUAAAGAAGCUAUAUAAUGCUUAUGCCAAGUUGAGGCAUUUGUUUGAAUUCUCUUGCAGGCUUUUCGUUUUGUACAUUUGAGUUCAAUUUUGUUGUGUAGAAUGUAUGUUAUAAUAGUUUCUAGAUGGUUUCGAAUUUUUCA